UCACAUAGAAAAUCUAAUUUGAUGAUAGGUUAUACCGAGUUUGUAAAUAUAGAAAUUUAUACUGAUCAGUGGCAAUUGUUAUUCGACAAUUGCAGAACUAUUGUUUUUGGAAUCAAAACAAAACGUGGAAGUGUUACUUCGUAAACGUAUAAGUUUCAAUCCGCUCUGAUUGAGAAACUGAAUGAUACAUAUUUUUAUUCUGCCAACCGAUGUUAUUUAAUUAUAUAUGUGAAAUAUGAAAAUCUAUUAAAAUCUAGAACAAUGAGUAAGGAAGAACGAGAAAGAGAUAUAAGACGUCAGCGUGAGCGGUUAAUAAAACAAAAGGAAUUUCUGACUGAUAUAUUAUCAAAGAUUGAAAAACAAAUACUUGCAUUACAGGUCGAACGAUUGCAUUUGAGAAGCACUCUAUUUGGAACUAAUACAGGAUGUUCAAAUCAAGAAAUAUCAAAUACACCAGUGAGAAAUAAUAGCAUGGAAAUUGAAUCAGUAACAAAUAACCCAACAAAACAAUUAGAUUUAUCUUUACCAUCAAUACAAUAUGAUUUUGAAGAGGAGGUUGACGAGGAUGACGAAUCAAGUUCCUGAUUUAAUAUAUCCUGUAAACUGCCUUGUUACUGUGAUUGCAUUACAUUAAUGUUACGAAUAAAACAAAAUACUUAGAAUUUAUAUAUUGUAUAAGAAUGUAGUGUCAAUAAAUUAAUUGAUACACUAA